UACCAACGUAACCAAAGCGUUUUUUAUCUCCCACUUGACCAUGGCGUCCUUCGACACAAUGAGCAAUGACGGAGGAGAAGACAUUAAUAAUUCCUCAUCUCGCCCUUUUGAUGACGAUGCCUACAUGGGCUACGACUCUUCCACUUUCCCUCCUUCCCAUGCUUUCCCUUCCGACGAUCUCACCACUGAUCCUUCUCACGACAUCAAUGAUUAUAUUGACACUACCAACAAAAACAACAAUGACCCGCAUUCUCUGGAUGUUUAUGGGUUCCGGAUGUCCACGCCCAACCUUGACUAUGCGACGCCUUUUGAGACGUCUGUGAUGGAUGGAGUUGGAGAUGUUGAUGGUAGUGGUAUCCACGGUGGUAGAGGUGGUGGUGAUGAUGAUGGGAUUUUUGCCUCUGAUGGACCGGUGUUGCCUCCACCGGAACAGAUGCGAGAGGAAGGCUUCGCGCGACGUGAAUGGCGCCGCCUAAAUGCCAUUCAUCUUGAGGAAAAGGAGGCAAGAGAGAAGGAGAUGCGGAAUCAGAUCAUUGCUGAAGCAGAAGAAUACAAACGAUCUUUUUAUGAGAAAAGGAGUCAAAAUUGUGAAACCAACAAGGCUAACAACAGAGAAAGAGAGAAGCUAUACUUGGCUAAUCAAGAAAAGUUCCACCAAGAAGCUCACCAGCACUACUGGAAAGCAAUUGCUGACUUUAUUCCUCGUGAGGUGCCUAAUAUUGAGAAGAAGAGAGGAAAGAAAGAUCCUGACAAGAAGCCUUCAGUUUUGAUCAUUCAGGGUCCAAAGCCUGGGAAGCCUGCUGAUCUUUCAAGAAUGAGGCAAAUUUUCUUGAAGCUGAAACAGAACCCUCCACCUCAUAUGAUGCCUCCCUCAAAAGAUGGAAAAGAUGGAAAAGAAGGCAAAGAUGGCAAGGAAGGCAAGAAUGGAAAAGAGGAAAAAGAUGGAAAGAAAGACAAGAACGGAAAAGAUGCAAAGGAAGGGAAGGACGCCACGAAUGGGAAAAGUUCAACUCCAACUGAUUCCGGUACUGUUGCAGAAAAUACACACGCUUCACCAGGUAAAGAUGCUGCUGCUAAGGGUGCUCCUGAACAACCAAAACCAGAGAUUGCAGCUCCAGCUGAGGCUGAUGAGACACCUAAACUCGAUCCUGAUGCUUCCCAGUGAUGACAACCGUUUUUUUCCUUUUUCUCUU